AUGCGAGACGCUUUUGCCCAAGAACCACAAAGGAGCACAAAGUGACCAACUCAACACUAUAACUGCGCGCUGCUUUGGAUAAACAUAACUGGAAUGCAGAGCAGGAAAAAAAAUGAAAAACUGCCAGUGUGUGAUUGUCAGGAUUGGAGCAAUGGUAAAAUAGCUUAACCAAUGCAAGAUGGCCGCCCACAGGAUCAGAGUAACCAACAACAACAAUGUGCUCCCUAGAUGUAAAUCAGAGGGCACUCUUAUUGACCUUGAUGAGGGACUGACUGAGGCGAGUCUCAUAGAUGUCAAAGUGCCUUCUCCCAGUGCCUUGCGUUUGGCCCCCUCAAUGUCAUUUGGAACUGCACGGGAAGUGGUCGCCAUAAAGGAUUACUGUCCAUCCAGUUUUACCACUCUAAAGUUCUCCAAAGGUGAUCAUCUCUAUGUGUUGGACACAUCUGGUGGGGAAUGGUGGUACGCCCACAACAACCGAGAAAUGGGAUACAUUCCUUCGACAUAUGUCCAACCGAUCAACUACAGGAACUCAUCUCUAAGUGACAGUGGGAUGAUUGACAAUCUUGGGGACUGCUCGGAGGAGGGAGCAAAAGAGCUGGACCUGCUGGGGGAGUGGACUGGAAUGUCGCUGAAACCCUCCAUGCCUUAUGACAACAACAACCCCUUCUCCAUGCUCUCCUCAACCAACCCAUUCCUAAAUGGGUCCAUGGAUGAUGUCCUCGAUCAGAACAGUAAUGAGAAGACUAACCAAUGCAACAGCAUGGAUUUGCUUUUCUUUGACUUGCCUUCAGACCCCAUCUCCACCAACAGCAACACAAAAGGGUACAGCAAUAGUGUUUUUGAUGGAACAUCCACCAGCGCUGAUCUUGAAGCCUUGCAGAUGCUUCGCAAGGACAAUCCCUUUUUUCGGAGCAAAAGAUCUUACAGUUUAUCAGAGUUAUCAAUCUUACAAGCUCAGUCGAAUCCUCCAUUGCCUUCAUCAGGGUUUUUUACAGGGCUUAAAGCUCCCUCACCGGAGCAGUUUCAGAACAGAGAGGACUUUAGGACAGCCUGGCUAAACCAUCGAAAGUUGGCACGCUCUUGCCAUGACCUUGAGUCCCUUGGGCAGAACCCAGGCUGGGGUCAAACACAACCAGUAGAGACUAACAUUGUCUGCAAGUUGGACAGCUGUGGAGGGGCAGUCCAGCUCCCAGAUACGCAUAUCAGUAUUCAUGUUCCCGAAGGCCAUGUUGUAGUGGGAGACACUCAGCAAAUCUCUAUGAAGGCUCUACUGGAUCCUCCUUUGGAGCUGAACAAUGACAGAUGCUCGACUGUUAGUCCAGUGGUUGAAAUCAAACUGAGUAACAUGGAGAUAAAGUCAUUCAUUACCUUAGAGAUGAAGGUAUCCGUCACGACUAGGACAAAAAGUCCAAUGGCUGAGGUGUUGUGUGUAAGAAGUGACUGUAAAGAGGGUCCAUAUUCUCCUGUUCCACAAGCAUACAUUUAUGGUGAUACGAUUCAGGUUCAGCUGGACAACUUGGAGCCCUGCAUGUAUGUAGCCAUUGUUGUCCAGACCCAACAUGUUUCCUUCAAUUCAUCUGUUUGGGAUCAUAUGAUGAAGAAAGUUACAUUGGGCCUCUACGGCCCCAAACACAUUCAUCCAUCUUUUAAGACUGUGGUGGCCAUUUUUGGUCAUGACUGCGCCCCCAAGACUCUACUAGUCAGUGAGGUUGGGAAGCAAGCAAAGUCUGCCCCUCCGGUUUCACUACAACUGUGGGGAAAGCACCAGUUUGUCCUUGGCAGACCUCAGGACUUGCUGAUAGGUAUGUACUCUAACAUGUCAAACUAUGAGGUCAAGGCAAAUGAUCAGGCUAGGGUUGUUCGUGGGUUUCAGAUCAAACUAGGCAAGGUGAGCCGGCUCAUCUACAUGAUUACGUCUCGGAACGCAGAUGAGAUUUCCGACUUCACAUUACGUGUCCAGGUAAAAGAUGAUCAGGAUUGCAUCCUUGCACAAUUUUGCGUUCAGACACCACAGCCGCCCCCUAAAACUGGGAUACGGAACAGCGGCCAGAGGCGGUUCCUAAAGAAAAAGGAAGUUGAUAAAAUAAUUUUGUCUCCUCUGGCCAUCACCACCAAAUACCCACAGUUUCAAGAGCGCUGCAUUACCAACUUGAAAUUUGGCAAACUGAUCAAAACUGUUAUCAGGCAGACCAAGAAUCAGUACUUGCUGGAAUAUAAAAAAGGGGAUAUUAUCGCCCUACUCAGUGAGGAGAAGAUCAAACUCAAAGGACAACUAUGGACCAAAGAGUGGUACAUUGGAUACUAUCAGGGAAAGAUUGGGCUUGUACAUGUAAAAAAUGUGCUUGUCUUGGGAAAGGUUAAGCCUAUAUACUUUUGUGGGCCAGACCUAACAACCACAAUGCUGAUGGAACAAAUCCUGAAGCCCUGCAAGUUUCUAACUUACAUUUACGCCUCUGUGAGGACAAUACUUAUGGAAAAUCUGGGAAACUGGCGAGCAUUUGCUGAUGCUCUGGGCUAUGUGAAUCUUCCUUUGACAUAUUUUUGCAGAGCAGAUCUGGAUAGUGAACCAGAGAGGGUUGCCUCAGUGCUGGAGAAACUAAAGGAAGAUUGCCUCAACAUGGAGACCAAAGAGAAGAAAUCUUUUCAGAAGGAACUGAUGAUGGUAAGCCUAUGUGUGUGUUGGUUUGUCCAAACUGCGUAGUUUUCAAACUAUUGUGGUUGUGUUUGCUUUUUGAAUACAGUAAAAUGCCUGUUCUAAAUGGAGAACUAUUGGAAAUUUGGCCACAAAAUACUUGAUAUAAACCUGUUUUUAUGCAGUUCUGCUUAUCUGCCUUUUCUCUUAUUAA